CAAGUAAAUCAAGUCCAAGUUCAAUUCCUCUUUUACGAUUCCACCUACUUUAUGUCUGCAGACCCAGAAAUUCUUCACAUAUAAAUAAGUGUUUCUGGUUAUCAACUUAUCCACAUUCAAGCUACUUCAAUGGAUGCUUCAACCUCUCACAAACGGAAGAAAAAGGAGGUGGAAGAACUCAAAGAAGAGUUGGAGCGUUGUCGGAAAGAGAACGAAGCUCUUCAAUUCAUGGUUGAAGUUAUGAGCAGUAGAUACAACAAUCUUCAAGCCUAUAUUCAAGAAAGAGAGCAAAGGACAGAAGUUCCGGGAGCCAAUAAGGCAUCACAAAUAUUUGUCAAAGCUGAUGCUAAGGACAAGAGCCUCGUUGUGAAAGAUGGAUAUCAAUGGAGAAAAUAUGGACAGAAGGUUACCAAAGAUAAUCCAUCUCCUCGAGCCUAUUACAGAUGUUCCAUGGCCCCUGAGUGCCCUGUCAAAAAGAAAGUUCAAAGAUGCAUGAAAGACAAGUCUUUUGUUAUUGCAACUUAUGAAGGAGUACACAACCAUCCCCCCAAUGGUUCACCAAGACAAGCUUCACCCUCACCAAAUAGAUUGGCCUCGGUUUUCAAGCCUAACAUCCUCAGUGAAGACGAGGAUAAAACACCCUUCAGCCUAGACCUUAAUCUUUCCAGUUCCAAUCAAGAGACCAGAAGACCACCUCAGCAUGUCCUACAAAACUACAACGGCAUAGAGCAUAAAAAUAUUGAAGAAUAUGCAGCAUCAUUAGCCAAAGAUCCUAACUUUACGGUAGCACUGGCUGCAGUAAUAGCAGGCUCCAUCACUGACCUCGCAAAGCCAACAAGGCAGUGAGUCGGACUAUUAUUUUCUGAAACUAGGUAUAAGUGUAAAGAGAAAGAAAGGGACCCCCUAGAAUCUACUCUUUUUUUUUUCCCCCUCCUGUAAGGAAUUGCAUGGAAAAUAAUGGAUGUUUGAAUGGUUUUAGAUUUAUCCCAAUUCAUGGAAGAAUGUUUUUUGGAUAA